AUGUCUUCCCCCGCCACGAGCAAAGCUCCUCCCAAGCUCGGCUCGAAAGCCGGCACCCCCGCCAAACUUCGCAAGGGCUCUGGAUCCAGUGCCGCCUCCAAGCCCUCCAGUGUCGCUGACAGCCCGAAGCCGGUGAAGAAGACACCCGGAAAGCAGACCCCAAAGAAACUCACUCCCAAGGCUCCCCAGCCUAUCGACGACGACGAAGAGCAAUCUAUCCCCGAGACCCCUUCGCCCAAGUCUAAGAAGAAGACCGGCUCUUCCGAGCAGCGCCGACCUGCUUCUCCUCAUGAUGAUGCUGUCUCCCAGGCUUCCGGCUCCGCUGCCCCUCUUGGCGGUUUCUCUGGAGCUGCGGGUAAGGCUAAGGGUCAGGCUGGACAGGCUAAGGAUGAUGUGACGCAGGGUGCGCAGAGCGCUAAGAACAACUUGCCUAACGCUCCUCUUGAUUUGUCUGCCCUCAAGGGUCUUUCUGUCUCUGAUGGUGGUCAGAUUCUUGGUGAAGAUGGAAACCCCGUUGGACAGGUCGUCGAGGGAGAUCCUGAAGACCUCGCUGGCCAGACUGUUGGUGAUGAUGGUGAGAUUGUCGAUGAGGAUGGUGACCUGAUUGGUCGCGUUGACAUCCUCCAUGAUGUCGAAGACCAGGCCCAGGAUCUUCCCGAGGAUGCUCAGAACCUUCCCAAUGGUGUGAAAUCCAAGGCCGAUGAAUUGAAGGAAGUUGUCACCGACCUCUCGCAGCUCGAGGGCUUGCCCGUUUCUGACGGCGGUGUUAUCAAGAAUGCCGCUGGCCAGGUUGUUGGUAAGAUCACCGAGGGAGACCCCGAGGAUCUCAUCGGAUAUACCCUCAAUGACGACGGUGAGAUCGUUGAUGAUGAUGGCGACGCCAUCGGUCGCGUUGAGCUCGUUCCCGUCGAAGAGCAGAAGAAGGCCAUUGAAGAGGCUGCCGGUGGUGACACUGAGCAGACCGAUGGUGGCAAAGAGGAUGUCGAGGAUACCUUCGAAGACGCUGAAGAUAAUCUCGACGCUGGUGAGACCAAGGACGCUGUUGAUGGCGGUGCUGAGGGUGCUCAGCAUACUGCCGAAGACGCUGGCGAGGAGGCUGGCGAUGUUGCCGAUAAGGCCCAGGAGGGUGUCCCCGAUGUCGACGCCGAUGAGGCCAAGGAAACCGCCGAGGGUGCCGCCGACAACGCCCAGGAUGUCGCCGAGGAUGCUGGCGAGGAAGCCCAAGAGCGCAUUCCGGACCUGGAUACCCUCGAGGGUCUGACCUGCAACAAGCGCGGCUGGAUCAUCGGCCGGGAUACCGGCAAGCCCGUCGGUGAGCUCAUCGAAGGUGACCCCAAGAAGAUCUCCCGUCUUGGAGCUACCUUGGACGAUAAGGGUCAGUUCUGGGACAACAAGGGCAACGUUCUUGGCAAGGUCAAGGCUCUCCCCAUCGAAGACGACAAUGAUGAGGAGGGUCCCUUCUCCGGACUUGAAGGCCUCGUCGUCGGUCAGGACGGCUGGAUCGAGGACGAGAACGGAACCCGAGUUGGCAAGCUUGUUGAAGGUGACGCCAAGAAGCUUCUCGGCCGCGGUGUUGACGAGGAUGGUGAAAUCCUGGAUCGCCACGGCAGCGUCAUCGGACGCGCCGACCGCUACGAGGAGCCCGAGGCCGAGCCUGAAGCCGAGGAGGAGCGUCCUGACUUCUCUGUUCUGAACGGCCUCACCUGCAACAAGGCCGGCUACGUGAUCGGGUCCGAGGGCUUCCCCAUCGCUCGCGUCGUCGAGGGCAACCCGAAGGAACUCGCCGGCAAGAAGAUCGAAGAUGGAGAGAUCUACGACGGCAAGAAGGUCGUUGGCCGCGUUGAGCUCAUUCCCGAAGACGAGCGCGAGAGCAAGCCCGAGGGCCCCUUCGCCGGCAUGGAGAACCUGUUUGUGAACAAGGAUGGCUUCGUCGAGGACGACGAGGGUUCCAUCGUUGGUCAACUUGUUGAGGGUGACCCCAAGAAGCUCCGUGGUCGCGCCGUUGACGAGGAUGGCGAGAUCACUGACAAGUACGGCAAUGUGAAGGGCCGCGCUGAGCCCUAUGAGGCCCCGGAGGAGGAGGCUCCUGCCGAGGCUGACCUCUCUAUUCUUGAGGGCAAGGUUGUCAACAAGAGCGGCAAUGUCGUCGAUCCCGCUACCGGUGCUGUCGUCGGUCGCAUUGUCGAGGGUGACAAGCGCCUCGCUGGCCGCAAGGUUGACGGCAAGGGCCAGAUCUGGGGUGACAACGGUCAGAUUGUCGGCCGUGCUGAGCUCGUUCCCGGUUCUGAGGAGGAGAAGGCUGAGGGUCCUUUCUACGGCUUCGACAACGCCGUUGUCGGCAAGGAUGGUGUCGUCAUGUCCGGCGAGCAGAUCAUUGGCCGACUGAUUGAAGGCGAUGCGAAGCGUCUUGUUGGCCGCAAGGUCGAUGAGGAUGGCGAUGUCGCCGAUAAGAAUGGCAACACCAUCGGCAAAGCCGAGCGCUGGGAGCCCGAGGAGAAGAAGCGGGAUAUCAACCCCAUGUCUGGUCGCAAGGUCAACAAGGAGGGUGAUGUCCGCGAUGCUGAUGGCAACCUCAUCGGCAAGCUGACCGAGGGCAAACUUGCUACCCUUAUCGGUAAAGCUAUUGAUGACAACGGCUACGUUGUUGACAAUGAGGGCAACAAGAUUGGCGAGUGCACUCUCCUCGAAAACAUUCCCGAGCCCGAGGCCGAGGACGAGGGUCCUACUGCUGAGGAGCAGGAGGCUACGGCCAAGACUGAGCAGGACCGCCAGCUGGCCGAGCGAAUGUGCCACAUCCUACGCCAGACUCUGGAGCAGGUCAAGCCUAUUUGCAAAAUGAUCCAGGAGAAACUGGCAUCCGCCGAGCGCAAGUCCAAAGAAGAUCUCGAUGAGGAGAAGCUGGUCAAGGACGUGAAGCCUCUCCUCGAGGAGGGAGGCCGCAUGCUCCAAGAGUGCAACGGCUCCAUCCGCGCACUCGACCCCGAUGGCCGCAUCGCCGCAACCGCCAAGGCGCGCGCCCAGACUCGCGAUGCGACUCCUGAGGAGUACCAGCUCGCCGAUAUGCUCAAGGAGCUGACCGAGACCGUAGUCAAGACCAUUGACAACGGCAAGAAGGCUAUCGCCGACAUGCCCCACGCCAAGAAGAAGCUCAACCCUCUCUUCGGUCUCCUUUCCGAGCCUCUCUUCCAGAUCAUUGCUGCCGUUGGCUUGCUGCUGAGCGGUGUUCUCGGUCUGGUUGGUCGUCUUCUCGAUGGUCUCGGUCUUGGUGGUUUGUUGAAUGGUAUCCUUGGUGGCCUUGGACUCGACAAAUUGAUCGACGGCCUUGGUCUCGGAAGCCUGACUGGUGCUCUGGGACUGGGCGGCGGUGAUAAGAAAUAA